GGACAGGCAGGAACCGGAGCUGCACUGCCGCCUCUGGCGCGAAGGCUCUGGCGCCUCCUCCCGCCCCAUCACUGUGGCUCUGUGCGCGCUGCCGGCUGCCGCUCUCUCCAGCCUCUGAAGAAGAAAGCCCCUGAGCCUCUGUCGCUUGAACCAUGGCUUCGGGCCGAAGGGGUUGGGACAGCUCCCACGAGGACGACCUGCCUGUGUACUUGGCCCGGCCGGGCACCACAGAUCAGGUCCCACGGCAGAAGUACGGUGGCAUGUUCUGCAACGUGGAGGGCGCCUUCGAGAGCAAGACCUUGGAUUUCGAUGCCCUGAGUGUGGGACAGCGCGGCGCCAAGACUCCCCGGAGCAGCCAGGGCAGCGGCCGCGGCGCGGGGAACCGGCCCGGAGUGGAAGGGGACGCGCGUAGGGGCCCGGGCCGGGAGGAGAGCAGGGAGCCCGCACCCGACUCGCCCAAGCCCGCUGGGGUGGAGAUCCGGAGCGCCACAGGCAAAGAGGUCUUGCAAAACCUAGGUCCCAAGGACAAGAGUGACCGUCUUCUAAUCAAGGGAGGGAGAAUCGUCAAUGAUGAUCAGUCCUUUUAUGCUGAUAUUUACAUGGAGGAUGGCUUAAUAAAGCAAAUUGGGGACAAUCUGAUUGUCCCUGGAGGUGUGAAGACCAUCGAGGCCAAUGGGAAGAUGGUAAUCCCUGGAGGCAUUGACGUCCAUACCCACUUCCAGAUGCCUUACAAGGGAAUGACCACAGUGGAUGAUUUCUUCCAAGGGACAAAGGCUGCCUUAGCGGGAGGCACCACCAUGAUCAUUGACCAUGUGGUACCUGAACCUGAGUCUAGCCUGACAGAGGCCUAUGAAAAGUGGCGUGAGUGGGCCGAUGCGAAGAGCUGCUGUGACUAUGCUUUGCAUGUGGACAUCACCCACUGGAAUGACAGCGUCAAGCAGGAAGUGCAGAACCUCAGCAAGGAAAAAGGCAUUAAUUCCUUCAUGGUUUACAUGGCCUACAAGGAUUUAUAUCAAGUUUCCAACACUGAGCUCUAUGAGAUCUUCACCUGCCUGGGAGAGCUGGGGGCCAUUGCUCAAGUUCAUGCCGAGAAUGGAGAUAUCAUUGCCCAGGAGCAGGCGAGGAUGCUGGAAAUGGGGAUAACCGGCCCAGAAGGCCACGUUCUGAGCAGACCAGAAGAGCUGGAAGCUGAGGCUGUGUUCCGUGCCAUCACUGUCGCCAGCCAGACCAACUGCCCCCUCUAUGUCACCAAGGUCAUGAGCAAGAGCGCGGCUGAUCUCAUCUCACAAGCCAGGAAGAAAGGAAAUGUGGUCUUUGGAGAGCCCAUCACUGCCAGCCUGGGAAUAGAUGGAACUCAUUACUGGAGUAAGAACUGGGCCAAAGCAGCUGCAUUUGUGACAUCGCCACCUCUGAGCCCUGACCCAACCACACCUGACUACAUCAAUUCCUUGCUGGCCAGUGGGGAUCUGCAGCUCUCUGGAAGUGCCCACUGUACAUUUAGCACUGCCCAGAAAGCCAUUGGGAAGGACAACUUCACAGCCAUCCCUGAAGGCACCAAUGGAGUGGAGGAGCGUAUGUCUGUCAUCUGGGACAAGGCCGUGUCCACAGGGAAGAUGGAUGAAAACCAGUUUGUGGCCGUGACAAGCACCAAUGCUGCCAAGAUAUUCAACCUGUACCCUCGCAAGGGGAGAAUCGCUGUGGGCUCUGACAGCGACCUGGUCAUCUGGGAUCCAGAUGCCCUAAAGAUUGUCUCUGCCAAAAACCACCAGUCGGUUGCGGAAUAUAACAUCUUUGAAGGGAUGGAGCUGCGUGGUGUACCCCUGGUGGUUAUCUGCCAGGGCAAAAUCAUGCUGGAAGACGGCAACCUGCAUGUGACCCAGGGGGCUGGCCGCUUCAUCCCCUGCAGCCCGUUCUCUGACUAUGUCUAUAAGCGUAUUAAAGCAAGGAGGAGGAUGGCAGACCUGCACGCAGUCCCAAGAGGCAUGUAUGAUGGACCAGUGUUUGACUUAACCACCACCCCCAAGGGGGGCACCCCAGCUGGCUCCACUCGGGGCUCUCCCACUCGGCCAACCCCACCAGUGAGGAACCUACAUCAGUCAGGAUUUAGCCUGUCAGGCACCCAAGUGGAUGAGGGUGUCCGCUCAGCCAGCAAACGCAUUGUGGCACCCCCUGGAGGCCGUUCUAACAUCACAUCCCUGAGUUAAGCAAGCCCUCCCAAAGAGGGAGGCAGAAGCAAGAAGAAAUUAAAUUUGAAGCCAAAAUGGUACACCGAUAUUUAAGAAGGAACAUGAAUCCAAACAGUUGAGAUCUAAAGAAUCACUAAGCCUCAAGCCUUAUGUUUCCCAAUGUUAUGCUCGCUUGCCUAGCUUUAUGAAUUGCUUUGAUUUCUGUUCAUGCAUACUCUCGAUUUCUUCCACACGCCCUGCCCCCACCCCACUUACAUGCAUGCGAUCAGACAGGCCACUAAGGUAGAUUCUUCAUAUUAUAGUGUUGACAGCGUUUGUAGUGCUGCAUCUUACGACAAGGGGACAGACAUAGCUGGGAUGUCGAGAAAAUGAAUGGGGCUCCAAGGGUCUUUGGGUGAUUGGGUGGUGGGAGCCCAGGGCAAGAUGGAGGGUACCAUGGGGCUGGGGUGGGACGUGUACUAGGGAGGUGGGUGGGUGGGGUGAGCAGAAGGGUGUUGUGUGUUGUAUUAUGAUGUGUGUUAAUUUCCAUGGGAGAUGGCCACAUGUGUCAGCAGGUGUUCCAUCACAGCCCUCUGGGAUCUGCAGAGAAGGCAGGUGGUCUUUGGGUUCUGGACUUUGUCAUGUCCUUUCCUAGUAGAUCUUGUUUCUUUAAUCAUGUAUUGAAUGAUAGACUCCAGCCAUUUCUUCUACCUGUUGAAUAAUGCUGGUGUUUGCUCGGGCCUCUUUUUCCUGUUGUUUUCUUGUCUUCUAUUCCGGGCUGUGAAGACUACACACAGAGCACAAAUGGACAGGUCUCCUCCUCUUCAGCUUCUCUGGGGCUCCUCAAGGGCAUCCAUGAAGAAUGCAGCCACAGCUCUAUCUAGGGGAUGACAGAAAAAAUUAGACACCUUUCCUCUCAGCCCUGGGGAAGUACUUUCUCUCUCUCUCUCUCUCUCUCUCUCUCUCUCUCUCUCUCUCUCUCUCUCUCUCUCUCUCUCUCAUGUCUGCAAGGUAAGAGGAGGUAUGUGCUCCUACCUGCUGAAUUAGAACCGUGGCAGAAACAGAAAUAGAGUCAACGCUUCCUUUGCUCAUGGUGAAUGGCUAAUCUCUUCAUCCCUGAUGUAAGCACAUUGGUGAUGCUAUUUCUUUUUGAAUAACUGACUUUCUCCUUUUUUCUAAACUUUACUCCCAAAAAUAUUCUCUGCUUCUGUGGUAGUACAGCAGAGAUUGAGGGAAGCCAGCCUUGUGUAGCAGGAGUAUGCUGUAUACUGUAUGAUCACGUUUUCAAUUCUAAGCCAAGUGUUUCCUCCUCUGUUAGUAGAACCUGGGAGUGCUAUUUAAUUGGUACUACAUUUCCAGGGUGAUAUGUAUGAAACAACAUGAUGCAACUUUCUAGGCAGGUGGCACACAAGAGUAGUGGGCAGUAUCCCCCUUUGUGUGUCAGAGGUGGAAGCUCAUGUUCCUAUCAGACCAUUUCCAGAAUCAAUCAUGACCCAAAUUCUGUGAGCAAGGCAGGGUUCUGUAGGAGACAGAUACUCUCCUGCAGAAAGCAUGGCAGCCACCUUGCUCAGACUUCUGUACUCCGGGGACCCACUUGGUGAGAACUGUCACAGUGCACAUUAAGUACUCUGAAGAACAGAGCAGGCCUCAGACACCUUCUAAGUACUUAGGAGAAACCACCAUCUCUGCCUGCAGUUUUUGUUUUUUGUUUUUGUUUAGCUGGCUUUUUUUGAGGUGGGGAAUUUUUAUUUCAUUUUGUGGUGCUGGACAACUGAGUCCAGGGCCUCUCGAAUGCUAGGCAAAACUCUGCCACUGUGCCCUUGCCCCCAGCCCUGAUUGUAGGCUGUAAGAAAACUGAGAACUAGAGAAAUAUGAACAGUUUAGAUACAUAAGGACUUGGAAGUAGCAGAGGAAGGGAAUUUCCUUAAGGAAGCUCCCUUCUGUUCUAAUCACGGAAAAGACUCUGUCACCUCAUAAUAGGAAUCUUGCUACUUUAAAGGUCUCAUGGUGCUUUCAUUCUAAAGGAGACUUUAGCAGAAAAAGGGGGGAAUGAAGUUUUGAGCAACAAUUCAAAUUUGGGGAUAUAUCCAGGAAAACAAAAGGACUUUUAGAUGCAAAGGGGGUUUAUCAGUUCUGCAGAAUGUAUACUAAAUACCUCAAUAACCAAGCUUGGCAGCAGCACAGGUAGUAGUACCACGGCUGGCCACCAGAUGGGGGAAGAGACAUGUGAAUGAACUGUAAUUCUGGGCCUCCACAACUGUGUUGUUUCCCUUGCCUGAGACCCUCCAGGGUCUCACUGGUCAUGAAAAAUCAACUCCUCUGGGUCAUCUGCACUGCACUUGGCAUGUCCAAAGCAUGCCGAAAACCUUAUGUUCCACUCAAGGGUUCAUUUCUUGUGCAAGGAGCAGCUAGCAUCUCGAAGUCCUCAAGGUGCCAUCUCAGGAUGCGCCCCUUCAUUCACUAUUAGUAGUGCCCAAGGAUAGCAAAUCUUGAGCAUUCCUGGGCAGCUCCACAACUGUUUUCUUAACAUGAGAAAUUUUCUAAGCAAUGGUGUUACUUGAAUUACAAGUUUAAAUGUAAAUUGGUUCUGCUUCACAGACAGACAGCCCCAAUCAUUGGGUUUUAGGAAGGAAAAUGACAGUGAGCUGGGGUUUGCUCCAGGGUCGCUCUCCACGAUCCCUGGCAUGCAAUCCAAGGGUGGCAUAGCAUGCUAUCUCAAGGAACUUUGUCUUCUGGACUUUCCACCAUGCCCCCUCUAAGAAUACCCUGCAUUCUCAAAAGGCCAAGUUACUUCUGAGCCCGCAGUGGCGAUCUAUCUAUCAACAUUCUUUCUGAAAGGGCCACAGAUUCAAGAGGUUGAUAUGGUCUCUCCAGAGCAAUUAAAGCAGCUUCCCCAGUGGAGAAAUCUGUGACUUCUAAGUUUUUUGGGUUUUGUUUUUUUUUAAACUAAUAGGAUUAUAGUCAUCCUCCAAAAUGGCCUUUCUCCAUUUUCAAAGUCCAGUAGUUCUUUGGCUUUUCUUUGUUGUGAUAUACAGAGGUCUAUCUCCCAAGGACUGAGUCCUAACCCUGGACUCCAUUCUGCUCCUUCUACUAAGUCCCUUCCAAGAGGCAAGUGAUUCCCACAUCGCUUCUUGCCCCAAGCCUCCCAGAUCUUCUCCCCUAGACAGCCCAGCUUGAGUUGUGAUGCAAUCACAUGCUGGCCCAGGUAGCCAGCAUUCCUUGUAAUUCCCCUUUGAGACAUGGUGUGUGGGUGUUCAGUUCUGUGUCUGGUGGCUUCAGACAGACAGUGAGUCUCCCUGUGACCUGUGCUAACUGUGAGGCAGCUCGGAGAUUGAAGAGCUGUUUGGUUUGAACCGUGAAGAAAACUGUGUAUUGAGUUAGCUGAGAUUAAAGAAACAAAUAAAAGAGCUCAUCAAGUGACUGUUAAUGUAAACCUGGUUAUUAAAAUAAUUAUAAAAUUACCACCAUC